CCCCGAUCAAAGUAAACUUUUCUCUGAAACAUCUGAAUUUUUUUUUUUUUCCCUCGUAACUUCUUCACCUUCAUCUCACCUCGAUUUUUUUUCCCCCACUUUAACCAGGAGGGUGUUUGAAAUCACCCAAUUAUCUUUAAUUUUAUAUCCUGAUAAUACCGCGAGGGGGGAAUAAAAAAAAUCAUGUCUGCUGAGGAAGCUAACGCGUCGCUGUUGGAGCGCAUUCAGCGGCCCGAGGUGAGCAAGGAGACGGCGAAGAAGAUUGCUCUGGUUGAGGAGGAGUUUGUUAGGGCGGAGGUGGAGCAGUUGCGCCAGUCUACUUUGCUUCUUCGUCCCCUUUUCGAAAAGCGCAGCCAGGUUAUCGCUGAGCCUGAUGUUCGCGAUACCUUCUGGACUCGCGUUAUGCUUAACGCCCCCGCCGAGGUCGAGGAACACAUCACCAUGACCGAUGCUACUAUCCUCGCGACUACUCUUAAGAACCUGACCGUCGAGCGCUUCGAUAUCGAUGAGAAGGGCCAGGGCGAGCCCCGCAGCUUCCGUUUGACCUUCGAGUUCCGCACCGGCGAUGAGAACCCCUACUUCGAGAACGAGAAGCUUGUUAAGGACUUCCACUGGCGCAAGCAGGUCCUCACCACUUCCAAUGGCCACAAGCGCACCUGGGAUGGUCUGGUUUCGGAGCCCGUUCGCAUCAACUGGAAGAAGGACCAGGAUCCCACCAAGGGUCUGCUUGAUGCUGCCUGCGACCUCGCUGAGGCGGAGAAGAAGGGUGGAGACCGUAAGAAGCUGCCCGAGUUUGCCAAGGUCGUUAAGAUUCGCGACGAGAUCGAGGCCGCCGAGGAGCAGGAUAUCGAUGAGGACGAGAUGCCCGAGGAAGGCCCCGGUGGCAUGAGCUUCUUCGCUUUCUUCGGCUACCGUGGUAGCGACGUCACUGCCGAACAUUCUCAGAACGCGACCAAGGAGGACAACGAGAGGUUCGAGAAGCUUCUCAAGGGCGAGCCUGUCGAGGGUGAGGACGAGGAUGACGAUGAGGAUGAUGAUAUUGAGGACGAUUUCGAAGAAGUUGAAGUUUUUCCUGCUGGCGAUGAGCUCGCCGUUGCGAUCGCCGAGGACCUCUGGCCCAAUGCCUUGAAGUACUAUGUCACGGACCAAUCGAUCGAGGACCUCGACUUCGACGAAAGCGAACUCGAUCUCUCGGCCGACGAGGAGGAUGAGGAAGAAGAGGAUGCCCGUCCUCGUAAGAAGACCAAGGUCUAAAAAUGUCGCCAUGUCUUGAAUAACGCAGUUGUAUCCAUAUGUUUUCAU